AUGGACGAAAAAGAGAGAGAAAACAAGGAGGAUGAGUUUCUUGUUGCCAUUGAUACCGAAAACGCCGCUCUGAUCGAGCACGUCCACGUUGAUAUUUUCACAUUCUGCAAGGUUGCUGAAGACGAUGUGAAGAUUAUCACUUGGGUGCCAGAGAGGGUCUACAUCAAUCACAUCAAGAAGAGCAUACCCCAUUACAGUGAAGAGAAGGUCUUUGACAUCUGGAAAAAAGCAUAUGAACUGCUCGCUGUUGAGCUACAGAUCUUCUCAUCAGAAACUUCAUCGGAACAUCCAACAGAACCUUUGUCAAAGCUUGCAAUAUCUGUUCAUUCCGACGAUGAGCAAGUAUGGGAACAUAAACAGUUACUCAAGGGUUAUGGUUGGAAAAUACAGGCCAGCUAUUCCGAGCGGGCCUUGCAUGACAGAUGGGACGUUGGCAGGCUUCUGAAACUGUCUUCAUCAUUGCUCGAUAUGUCGGAGGAUGAUCCUAUCUUGGAACUCGAGUUGGACUUUGGGUUGUUCUUGUGA